UCCUCUUCAUGUAGUACAAAAAAAAUAAAUUACAACUAUCCAUUUGUUUGCUAUAUAUAUGCUCGUAUCCAUCAAACCAUUCCACCAAAAAAAAAAAAUCAUACACUAAUCACCAUAUCAUUUACACAUCAAAAGCAAUGGCAAAAAGUUCUAAGUUCUUUUUAGUUCAUUUCACAUUUUUUUGCACUACUCUUUUGCUACUUGUCCCAAUUUUAUUUUCUCAAUCUUCUUUUGCUGCUGAUGUACCUUCGAAAAGCCCUGUUCCUCCCUCUGUUAUUUGCAAAUCCACUCCAUAUCCUUCCUUUUGUAGAUCUUCUGUUCUACCACCUUCAGGCACCCCCAAUGAAAAUGUCUAUGGCUACGGUAGAAAAUCCAUCCGAAAAUCACUCUCUUCAUCUCGUAAAUUCCUCUCCCUUAUCCAAAAAUACCUUAGAAAAUCCAAAAAAUUAACAAUAACCGCUGUCCGUGCACUAGAAGAUUGCCAAUUUCUAGCAACACUCAACAUGGAAUAUUUGUCUUCUUCUUUUAAAACCGUUAACGCGACGUCGAAAAUUCUCCCUGCUUUACAGGCUGACGAUGUGCAAACUAUGUUAAGUGCCAUUUUAACAAACACACAAACUUGUUUAGAUGGACUUCAAGCAACAUCAUCUGCUUGGAGUGUAAGAAAUGGCUUAGUCGCCCCACUUUCUAAUGAUACCAAACUUUAUAGUGUUUCAUUAGCUUUAUUCACAAAAGGAUGGGUUCCAAACAAGAAAAAGGGGCCAAAAAAUCGUCACAACCCAAAAAAGCAUUUGUUCAAAAACGGGAGAUUGCCAUUGAAAAUGUCUGCACGAAACCAAGCAAUUUUCGAGACGGUAAGUCGAAGAAAUCUGCUGCAACAGGAGGAAAAUGAUGAUCAGGUUCUUGUGAAUGACAUUGUGAUUGUAAAUCAAGAUGGAAGUGGGAAUUUCACUACGAUUAAUGAUGCUGUUGCCGCUGCUCCAAAUAAUACAAAGGUUGGGUCAGGGUACUAUCUCAUAUACAUCACAAAAGGUGUGUAUGAGGAGUAUGUCGCAAUUGCUAAGAACAAGAAGUAUUUGAUGAUGAUUGGUGAUGGAAUUAAUCAGACCAUCAUUACGGGCAAUCAUAGCUUUGUUGAUGGAUGGACAACGUUUAAUUCCUCUACAUUUUCCGUGGUUGGUCUAGGAUUUGUCGCGGUCGACAUUACGUUUCAAAACACGGCUGGAGCAAUCAAACAUCAAGCAGUUGCAGUCCGAAAUGGUGCUGAUUUAUCCACAUUCUACAGUUGCAGCUUCGAGGCGUACCAAGACACAUUAUACGUACACUCCCUCAGGCAAUUUUACAGAGAGUGCGACAUAUAUGGCACUGUCGAUUUCAUAUUUGGUAACGCGGCUGCAGUUUUCCAGAACUGCAACAUCUACCCGCGACUCCCUUUGCCUAAUCAGUUCAAUGCGAUAACAGCUCAGGGCAGAUCGGACAUAAACCAAAACACUGGAAUUUCAAUCCAUAAUUGCACAAUUAGACCUGCAGAUGACUUAGCAUUGAGCAAUGGUACCACGAAAACAUAUCUUGGUAGGCCAUGGAAAGAGUACUCGAGGACGAUUUAUAUGCAAUCUUAUAUGGAUGAUUUUAUUCAUCCAACAGGAUGGCACGAUUGGUCUGGAGAUUUCGCGCUAAACACGUCGUAUUAUGCAGAGUUUAAUAACACUGGACCAGGAGCAAAUACUACAGAUAGAGUUACAUGGCCUGCAAUUCAAAUUUUGAAUGCUACUGAUGCUGUUAAUUUUACAGUAUCUGGUUUUCUAGUCGCGGAUGAUUGGUUGCCACAGACUGGUGUGCCAUACUUCAAUAGUUUACUGUAACCAUCUUAAUUCUUUUUUCUUUCAUCUGAUUUCCUAAUUUAUGAAUUGAUAAUUGAUUAAAGCGAAUUAAUAAGCAGGAUUCUAAACAGAGUCCUAGCGAAGAAUUGCUGUGUUGUCAAAAAGUUAAAUGUGAAUUCAUUUAUUUGAUCUGGUUAUUUUUAA